AUGUUGCGUGCGACCUCUCGAGCCUUGGGCCCCGCCGCUGUCCGGUGCGCCAUUCGCUCCAGGCCUGCGAUAGCGCGUCCUCUCGCUAUGUCCCGGCCUCCGCCACCCCGCGCCGCCUCUGGCGACCCUCUUCGGCCCGCUACGGUGCUGGGCACCAUGGAAAUGGGGCGUCGCUUGGAUGCGAGCGCUAGCGCCGCAACGGUACGCGCCUUCCUGGAGCGCGGCCACAGUGAGCUGGACACCGCCCUCAUGUACAGCGACGGCCAGUCCGAGAGCAUCCUGGGCGGCAUGGGGCUCGGGCUGGGCAGCGGCGACUGCACAGUGAAAAUUGCCACCAAGGCCAACCCUUGGGAUGGGAAUUCACUGAAGCCUGACAGUGUCCGGUCCCAAUUGGAGACGUCACUGAAGCGGCUGCAGUGUCCCCGGGUGGACCUCUUCUACUUACAUGCUCCUGACCACAGCACUCCUGUGGAGGAGACGCUCCAUGCCUGCCACCAGCUGCAUCAGGAGGGCAAGUUUGUGGAGCUUGGCCUGUCCAACUAUGCCUCCUGGGAGGUGGCUGAGAUCUGUACCCUCUGCAAGAGCAACGGCUGGAUCCUGCCAUCCGUUUACCAGGGCAUGUACAACGCCACCACCAGGCAGGUGGAGAAGGAGCUCCUCCCCUGCCUCAGACACUUUGGACUGAGGUUCUACGCCUACAACCCUCUGGCCGGAGGCCUGCUGACAGGCAAGUACAAGUACGAAGACAAGGACGGGAAGCAGCCCGUGGGCCGCUUCUUUGGGAAUAACUGGGCUGAGGUGUACAGGAACCGCUUCUGGAAGGAGCACCACUUCAAAGCCAUUGCCCUGGUAGAAAAGGCCCUGAAAGGCACCUAUGGCACCGGCUCUCCCAGCAUGACCUCGGCUGCCCUGCGCUGGAUGUACCACCACUCACAGCUCCAGGGCACCCACAGGGACGCAGUCAUCUUGGGCAUGUCCAGCCUGGAACAGCUGGAGCAAAACUUGGCCGCCACAGAGGAAGGGCCCCUGGACCCAGCUGUCGUGGAUGCCUUUAACCAAGCCUGGAAUAUGGUUGCCCACGAGUGUCCCAACUACUUCAGAUAGACUGUGGCGGCUCAAGCUGCCCAGAGCUUUCCUUCCCUCCACCUCUUGGAGUCAGGCCCUGGCUGUUUCUUGGCUUACGCUGGCUUCCUGUGGUCUUUUCUGCCAGUCU